CCUCUCUCAUAAAACAGAAGCCAGGAACGGCGACAGUGACAGCGGCUGCGGCUCCGGCGGCUGCGCGCGAUCCUCUUCUCAAUCACCGCCGACACUCCCAACAAUGCGCGCGCUCACCCAUCUCCACCAGACACCACCGCAUCACACCACUGCGUCCGCAGUCUGAAAUUUACCUCCCCCUUUUUUACUGUUGUAGUUGUUCAGCAUCCGACAUACUACCAACCAUCGAGACGCAAACACUUUCAUUUCUACCCUUCAUCUGAAUGACGGGCGGACGGUUUGACUUCGACGAUGGCGGCACUUUCUGCGGUGGAUGGGAGGACGGAAAAGCCCACGGACACGGCAUCUGUACCGGCCCCAAGGGCCAGGGCGAAUACUCCGGGUCCUGGUCCAACGGGUUUGAGGUAGUCGGGGUGUACACCUGGCCCAGUGGGAAUACAUACAAUGGUUACUGGGCGCAGGGGAAACGGCACGGGCUCGGUGUGGAGUCCAAAGGGAGGUGGCUGUACCGCGGGGAGUGGAGUCACGGAUUUAAGGGUCGGUAUGGGGUUCGCCAGAGUCUCAAUACACCUGCCAGGUAUGAAGGCACAUGGAGUAAUGGACUGCAAGAUGGAUAUGGGGUCGAGACAUACGGAGAUGGGGGUACGUACCAGGGCCAGUGGAUGGGUGGCAUGCGACACGGCUAUGGCGUACGUCAGAGUGUGCCUUACGGCAUGGCUACUGUCAUCCGCUCCCCACUGCGCACCUCACUGGCCUCCCUCCGCAGCGAGCAGAGUAACGGCUCCGUACUUCAUGACCACAUGUCGGACAGCCCCGCUGGCACCCGGGGCGGCUUCGUCCUGAACUUCCACAGCGACAGCGAAGUGGGCUCCGGUAAAAAAAAGGGCCUUUUCAGACGGGGCUCACUGUUCGGGAGCCUCAAGCAGCUGAGGAAGUCAGACUCCCGUUCUUCCAUAUCCAGCAAGCGCAGUUCAGCACGAAGUGACGCCACCAUGAGCCGCAUCAGCUCUAGCGAUGCAAACUCCACCAUUAGUUUUGGAGAUGGAGAAGGGGCCGAUGAGUACAUGCCAGCUGAGGACAAUGUCGAUGCCACCACCACUGAGUCGUACAUGGGCGAGUGGAAGAAUGACAAGCGGAAUGGUUUCGGUGUCAGUGAGCGCUCAAAUGGGAUGAAAUACGAAGGCGAGUGGAUAAACAACAAACGCCACGGCUACGGGUGCACGAUAUUCCCUGAUGGGACGAAAGAAGAGGGGAAGUACAAAAAUAACAUUUUGGUGCGUGGCAUCAAGAAGCAGCUUAUUCCCCUCAAGAACACCAAGACGAAGCAGAAAGUGGACCGUGCCGUUGAAGGAGCCAUAAGAGCGUCUGCCAUUGCCCGUACAAAAGUAGAAAUUGCCACCUCAAGAACCGCACAUGCCAGGGCCAAAGCAGAUGCAGCUGACCAGGCAGCCCUGUCUGCCAGCCAGGACUCUGAUAUUGCCAGAGCAGUGUCCAGAGAACUGUCCCCCAACUUCUAUCAACCAGGCCCUGACUAUAUCAAGCAGAGGUUUUCCAUUGAGCCCAUUGAGAUUAAAGAAGUACCAGAAGAAAAGAAAGAAAAAUCGCCUUCAGGAAGUCCGCACUUUUAUCGCAAAGGCACAACCCCAACCCAGACCCCUUCCCAAAGCCCCGGUCCUACCCCACCCCCCUCACCUCCCCUCAGCAAGAAAAAGCCCUUCUUUAACAGAAGUGUCCCAAAAGCCAUUAAAGAAAAUAAGCCCCCUGCUGCCGACAGCCUGGCAGCAGGUGUCACCAAGGCUACUUCCAAGAUAUCAAACAAACAGGAAGUAAAACAGGAGGUAGUACCUAUAGCCAAACCCUCCAAGCUGCCGGUGCCAGUCACCAAUGCCUCCAGCCCUGGCAACGGUGAGCUGCACUCCCAGUAUCACGGAUACUACGUGAAGGCGGAGGUGAUGAUGCCACCUGAUGAUCCAGAGGAUGAAGAACACCAUGGAAUGACAGCUGCUCAUACCAGGAUGCCCCCACCUGAAAAGCAGUACCGCGUACCGACCCCCAAACCAGUAAUGGCCAAAGAGAACAGACCCGAACCCAAACUGAAGAAACAGGAAUCAUUGAAGCCAAAGAGCCUAGCAGAAACUAAGAAAGCCAGCAUGGAAAUUACUACUGACAUUGUUGAGGAGGAGUCAGGUCCCAACUCAAUAUUGGUCAUACUAGUGAUGCUGAUAAAUAUUGGACUGGCAAUUAUUUUUGUCCAUUUCCUCACUUGACGGAACAUUAAACUCAGAGGUUUUGUCAGACUGCGAGAGUAUGUGAGAGGGAAGGAGGAGGGAAGAGAAGAGCAUCAGAAUGGGUGAUGGCUUGUCAUUUAAAAAGAGAGAUUAAUCUUCAAAUGUAGAACAGACUUAUUUUUAAAGGAAUAAUAUCUUUUAAAGAAAUAUUUCUUUUUGUGGUGGGGGAAACUUCUUUGAUUUACUCUUAUUGGCUAUGUAAAUGGCUGUUUUUCAGUUUUAUUUUCUAUUUUUGUUUAUAUUCCAUCCUGACCAUAUUACAUCAAUUAAAAGUUCCUCAUGAAAUCUGGCAUUUGUUUAACAGUAAAGAUUUUUUUGUCAUUUUGUUUUUAAUGUAGUAGUUAAGAUGUUUUCAUGUAAAACAGCAUUUGAUUUAACCCUUUCAUGCUGUUUCUCUAUCAAAGCUGCCAAGAUGUUUUAAGCUAAAAAGUUACUUUAAAUCUUGUAUUAAAGCAAAAAAUAAAAGGAAGCAUGGAAGGGUUAAAUACAGCGUUUUAAAAUGGCUUUAAUCUGUCAUUGUGAUCUUCGCAUUUUUUAAUUGGUUUGAAUGUAUUUGAAUUGUGUUUCCAUUAUAAAGGUUGAACAUGAAAAAAUGUUGAUGAAAGUUUUGAUAUGAACUGUCCCACACACCUUAAUGAUAUUGAAACAUAUAUAUGAAUAUAUAUUAUUUUUUGGAACUUACUGAUAUAAAUUCUAAUUAAAGAGGUGACUUUGCAAA